GUGCUUAAACAAAGAGAUAAUUUGCAACAUCUUCUGAUGAACUGGCCCAAGUUGGGAAUAGAAUUUACAGUCUCCUCCUUUCUACACUGAUGCCUUAACUACUCUACCAAACUGGCUUCGUUGGACGUGUUCUUGAGGGAAAGCGCCAUGUCGUGGAUAAGAGAAGGCGAAUUGUCCCUAUGGGAGAGAUUCUGUGCUAGCGUAAUAAAGGCAGGGCCAAUGCCCAAGCACAUUGCAUUCAUCAUGGAUGGCAAUCGUCGUUAUGCUCAGAAGCAUAAAGUGAAGAAGCUGGAAGGACAUUCACAUGGUUUUGCAAAAUUAACACAGACAUUACAAUGGUGCUUGAGUCUGGGUGUCCGGGAAGUCACAGUUUAUGCCUUUAGCAUUGAGAAUUUCAAGCGAUCCCAAGAAGAAGUUGAGGGCUUGAUGCAAUUGGCUAGGCAAAAAUUCAUCCGUCUUCUUGAAGAACAAGAGAACUUGGAGAAACAUGGUGUGUGUAUUCGAAUUCUUGGCGAUCUGACCCUUCUGCCACAGGAUAUCCAGGAACUAAUUGCUAAGGUUGUGCUGGCAACUAAGCAUUAUAACACGUGUUUCUUGAACAUUGGCUUUGCAUAUACAUCAAGACAGGAGAUCAGUAAUGCAGUGAAAGAGUUGGCUUGGGGCGUUGAAGAAGGACUGCUUCAACCCAGUGAUGUGUCAGAAUCGCUCAUCGACAAAUGCCUUUAUUCCUGCAAAUCUCCUCAUCCAGACAUCCUGAUCAGAACAUCUGGAGAAGUUCGACUUAGUGAUUUUAUGCUCUGGCAGACAUCCCAUUCUUGCCUUGUGUUUCAAAGUGUUCUGUGGCCAGAUUAUUCGUUCUGGAAUUUAUGCGAGGCCAUCCUUCGGUUUCAGAUGAACUACAAUGCAUUACAAAAAGCCAGAGAUGUAUACGUGGAACAAAGGAAGUUGCAACAGUUAGAAACUGAUAAGGCACAAGUCUUACAGAAACUGAAAAAUGAAGAAUCAGCAACCUGUGGAGAUACUCAAAAAUGCUGGACACUUUUGCGAGAAUUCGAAGCUAAACGGGAAGAGAGAAUUCAAAGGUUUUUGCAGGCCCUUGAGCACAAAAGGAUAGACUUCCUAGAAAAACUGGCAUUGGCAGAUGCAAGAUAAGAAGGUUCCUCUUGAGGAUAGGGGAGAGAAGAGGGG